GUCUUGGUAUUAUACUGUAAGAUUGCAUCAGGAGAUGAAAGGUUAACGUUUUAAUUUUGAUUCCUUGUGCAUUAAUCUGUGACAAAAUGAGCUUUUGGUAGUGGUUUAUUGAGGUCUAAGGCAGGACUCAUCCAGAGGUUACUUUGUCUUAGGGUUUUGAAAUCAUGAGUAGUCAACACAUGAUCUUAGAGAGAGAGUUUCGAAGUUGGAUUGAUUCUAUCGGAUCAUGAUAGUCAAUCUGCAUGGAAAUGAUGAGGCAAGUCUUUUUGUGGAGUCAAAUGGUAGAGUUAUGAAUGUGAAGUAUCAUGAAUGUGCAAAACCAUGCAGCAAGGUUAGCCAAGUUGUUAAACAUGAAAUUAGGAAGAACUAGAGCAAUAAUAAGCAUCAAAAUUGUGGUAAAGAUCAUUGUGUUGGAAUCGAAACUAGUUAAAGGAUUAUUAUUGGUUGAGCCUCUUGCCUUUGAAUUUCUGUUUCCUUCCAGUUACUCAAAUUUAGAUGUGAUGAAGAUUUUGUUCUAUGGGGUAUUGGAUCAAUCAGUUCCCAAUAUUGUCAGUUUAUCCUGCAUUAUUUUGCUAUAUAUAUAUAUAUAUAUAUUUGUUGGUAAGAAGAUUCAUUAAUUUUUUGGAUGAAGCCAUCUUCCCAUAAUAUGUUUUUUAUUUUUUUAAUGAGCAUUGAUCCUCUCAUAAUUGGCAAGGUUCGAAAAAUCGGAAUUGAAUUCGGAAUUGUUAUAUGCAUGAGAAACUCUUUGGAUUAGCCCAGUUGUUGUUGGAGGAAAAACAGCCCACCAAUCAAAAUGCGACCCAUAAGAUUAUGGAGGAUGUUUAUAAUAGAAGAAAAACAACUGAUUAUUUCCCUUCCCCUUCCCCUCUCCCGUUCCAGCACCAUACCGAAGCUUAUUUUUUUUUCCAGAAAUUCCUCUUGUUUCACCCUUUCUUGUUACUUAUCAAAACAAUAAAAAAUAAUAAUGUGUUAGAAAAUAUAAAUAGAAAUUGAGGUUUAUAAAAAUGUCAGACAUAAUUGUUUGAAGAAUUGCAUGCUAAGGAACGUUCCAGAACGUCAACAGUGUAGGUGCAGCAACUUCAAGCCAGAUUUUGACCUUGAUGCAGUCAGUAUCUCUCAAAACGCAAAACAUGAAAUUUGUAGAGCUUUUUCUUGGUGUUCCAUAGCAUCUUGAAUCAUCUCAAUCUGAGCUUGGAUGAGAGAGUUAUGCCCAGAUUACAAAGUGAUGUCGAAACUGUCCAAAAUUGCCUAAUUUGGGUUCUUUGCCGUUGGGAUGAGGGGGGUGCUGUCGAAUUUGGGUUGGGAUGGAGUGGGUGCCGUCGGGUGGUGGGUUCGAAUAGGAAGAAGAGAAGGAAGAAAGGGGAAUUGGAUGGGCUAUUCGGGUGUAGUGGGAUGCAUGGAGCGAAUUCCUGUUGAUGAAGUUUUUGAGCAGCUGAAAUGUACAAGAGAGGGUUUGACAAUAGAGGAAGGCCAGAAGAGGCUCCAAAUCUUUGGCCCAAACAAGCUCGAGGAGAAAAAGGAAAGUAAGCUCCUCAAGUUCUUAGGCUUUAUGUGGAAUCCCCUCUCAUGGGUCAUGGAGUGUGCUGCAAUUAUGGCCAUUGCUUUGGCCAAUGGAGGGGGCAAGCCACCAGAUUGGCAAGACUUUAUUGGCAUUGUUGUGUUGCUUAUCAUUAACUCCACUAUUAGCUUCAUUGAAGAAAACAACGCAGGCAAUGCCGCAGCUGCUCUGAUGGCAGGACUUGCCCCCAAAACCAAGGUGUUGAGGGAUGGAAAGUGGUCUGAGCAAGAUGCAGCGAUCCUGGUACCAGGAGAUGUGAUCAGCAUCAAGUUGGGAGAUAUUAUCCCAGCUGAUGCCCGUCUCCUGCAGGGUGAUCCCCUAAAAAUCGACCAGUCUUCUCUAACUGGUGAAUCCCUACCAGUAACCAAGAACCCAGGCAGUGAGGUCUUCUCUGGUUCCACAUGCAAACAAGGUGAGAUUGAGGCAGUUGUUAUCGCAACUGGUGUCCAUACCUUCUUUGGCAAGGCCGCUCACCUUGUGGACAGCACCAACCAAGUUGGUCACUUCCAAAAGGUGUUGACAGCCAUUGGUAACUUCUGUAUCUGCUCUAUUGCGGUCGGCAUGGUGAUUGAGAUUGUAGUGAUGUAUCUUAUCCAACAUAGAGCAUACAGAGAAGGUAUUGACAACCUGUUGGUACUUCUCAUUGGAGGCAUUCCGAUUGCCAUGCCAACGGUCUUGUCGGUGACCAUGGCUAUUGGGUCUCAUCGCCUGUCACAGCAAGGAGCCAUCACCAAGAGGAUGACAGCCAUUGAGGAGAUGGCAGGGAUGGAUGUGCUCUGCAGUGACAAGACAGGGACUCUCACUCUGAACAAGCUCACUGUUGACAAGAACUUGAUUGAGGUGUUUCCAAAGAAUGUAGAUAAGGACACUUUAGUCUUGCUUGCUGCUAGGGCUUCCAGGGUUGAAAACCAAGAUGCCAUCGAUGCUUCGAUUGUCGGGAUGUUAGGCGACCCUAAGGAGGCAAGAGAAGGGAUCACUGAGGUGCAUUUCUUGCCCUUCAAUCCUGUGGAGAAGCGCACUGCAAUCACCUAUAUUGAUGGUGAUGGCAACUGGCACAGAUGCAGCAAAGGUGCUCCUGAGCAAAUUAUUGAGCUCUGUGAGUUAAAGGGGGACGUAAGGAAGAAGGCACAUGAGGUCAUAGACAAGUUUGCUGAUCGAGGUCUUCGUUCCUUGGGAGUUUCUCGACAGACUAUUCCAGAGAAGACAAAGGAAAGUGCUGGAGGUCCUUGGGAGUUCCUAGGUCUCUUACCCCUCUUUGACCCUCCAAGACAUGAUAGUGCAGAAACCAUCCGUCGCGCUCUUGACCUUGGUGUCAAUGUUAAGAUGAUCACAGGUGAUCAGCUUGCCAUUGGGAAAGAGACCGGUCGAAGGCUUGGCAUGGGCACCAACAUGUAUCCAUCUUCGUCUCUCCUAGGCCAAAGCAAGGAUGAAUCAAUUGCCUCUAUUCCAAUUGAUGAGCUCAUUGAAAAGGCUGAUGGAUUUGCUGGUGUCUUCCCUGAGCACAAGUAUGAGAUUGUUAAGAAGCUACAGGAAAGGAAGCACAUUUGUGGAAUGACUGGAGAUGGUGUCAAUGAUGCCCCAGCACUCAAGAAGGCAGACAUUGGUAUUGCAGUGGCUGAUGCUACUGAUGCAGCCAGAAGUGCAUCAGACAUUGUGUUGACAGAGCCAGGUUUAAGUGUAAUUGUGAGUGCUGUGUUGACAAGCAGGGCCAUCUUCCAGAGGAUGAAGAACUACACAAUCUAUGCUGUUUCUAUCACAAUACGUAUUGUAUUGGGAUUCAUGCUUGUUGCUCUCAUCUGGGAGUUUGACUUCUCUCCUUUCAUGGUUCUGAUUAUAGCAAUCUUGAACGACGGAACUAUCAUGACCAUCUCUAAGGACAGGGUGAAGCCAUCUCCUGUGCCUGACUCAUGGAAGUUGAAGGAAAUUUUUGCCACUGGCGUUGUACUCGGAACCUACAUGGCCAUUAUGACUGUGGUGUUCUUCUAUCUUGCACAUGACACUGAAUUCUUCUCAGAAACAUUUGGCGUGAGACACAUUGGUAAAAGCAUGGAAGAGCUUAACUCAGCCAUCUACCUUCAAGUGAGCAUUAUUAGUCAGGCACUCAUUUUUGUCACCAGAUCAAGGAGCUGGUCCUUUGUUGAACGCCCUGGUUUAUUGCUUGUCACUGCCUUUAUUGCAGCACAACUGGUGGCCACUGCCAUUGCUGUGUAUGCACACUGGGGCUUCGCCAGGAUCCAUGGUGUUGGGUGGGGAUGGGCAGGAGUGAUAUGGAUCUACAGCGUCAUCACCUAUAUCCCUCUUGAUGUCCUCAAGUUCAUUAUUCGCUAUGCAUUAACUGGAAAGGCCUGGGAUAACAUGCUCCAAAAUAAGACUGCUUUCACCACAAAGAAGGAUUAUGGAAAGGGUGAGAGGGAGGCACAAUGGGCAAUGGCUCAACGUACACUCCAUGGUCUCCAGCCCCCAGAACAAUUGUUCAAUGACAAGAACAACUAUAGGGAUCUGUCUGAGAUUGCUGAGCAGGCCAAGAGGCGGGCUGAAGUUGCUAGGCUAAGGGAGCUACACACUCUCAAGGGGCACGUUGACUCUGUGGUGAAACUGAAGGGCCUAGACAUUGAAACCAUUCAACAGCACUACACAGUCUAAAACACAUUGUGAAAGCUGAAAGAAGCCGGAUGGUACGAGCAAGUGUAUAUGAGCUAUCAAGGAACAGGAAGGCCGAUCAAUGGUUAAAGAAGCUAUAUAUGAUCUUUCUAUUUUCAUUCUAUUUUCUACUUAUCUAUGGUACAACACGUACAUUGCUGGUUGGGAUGUGUUGCAGUUUGAUUUGGAGAUUGGAAAAAAAAGAGAUAUAACUCUUAAGGGAUUGAAUGAAGUCUAAAGCCAGCUAUUAUGUAUUAUACAGAAAUAUGGUUGUCAAUCAUAUUUCGUAUAACAAGAUCUGUCUUUUCUGCAGAGAUUGUUAAUCGUUUUUGCAAGUACUCCUUAAAAGAUCUAGGCUUUAGGCUUUUAGCAUGAUGACAAUCAUUUGUAGUUAAUAUGAAAAUACAGAAUGAUCAUGGAUUUUUCAUUUUCUUGUGGUGGGAUAAUACCCUCAAUCUUGGAUAAAAGUGAUUUGCCUAUGCAUUUUUGUUGGAA